AGAAUUGUAGGACUUUUCUCACUUCAAGGCACAGAAGCGCGCUUUUAAUUUUUAAGCUGUGCCCUGCACCAGAAAAUGGAUUUGGACCCUUGGACUGCACCCCUGUUCAUAGCCAUUUUGAACUAGAAGAGAUUCAGCAGAAGAUUUUUCCACUCCAUUAUCGACAGCUAAAUGGCUCCAAAUCUAUACUGCUAUUACAGGUGUCCUUAGAUGGGCUGGGCAAGCAAAGGAUGGAUCCCGAGAUCAGCCUCUUUUUCCAGUCCCCGGUUCCUGAGGGUAUCCCAGAAACUCAAGUCUCUGUUCAGCUCUCCCCAGAGUAUGACCGGCAGCAGCUGCCCAGCGACAAUUUUGAGAUAGAGACCACAUGGGCAGCACGGCGUGAGCAGAAUCCGUGGCUCUUUGAUGCGCCCAAAUUCCGACUACACUCCAUCAUGCUGGAGGGGACCAUUUUGAGUUUUCAGCUUGGGCUCACCUGCUACAAGGACUUUGUAGGCACCAACCUAGCUGAAAGAGCCGGGCAUCUCCAGGAGCAGGGAUUCAAGGACUUUGGGAACAGCCAGGCCUAUCUUGCUGAGCCCCUGGGGGUGGGCGCCAUGGUGCAUACCACAGAUGAUCAGUUUGUCUUCUUGCGACGGAGUCUGUGCGUAGGGGAGGCACCAGGAAAGAUUGACGUACCUGGAGGGCAUCCUGAACCACUGGUUGUGACAAGAAAUUCCUCAAAAGAACCCCUCAGACAUGAGGACUUUCCCAGAAAAUCUGUGGUCCAGGAAUUGUUCUCCUCCGUGCUGCGGGAGAUUGAGGAUGAGGUAAACCUUCCCUUAUCCAGUCUGAGCAGGCCGCUGUUGCUUGGGAUUGCCCGGAACCAGACCAGUGCUGGCCGAUGCAGUGCUGAAUUCUACGUCAGGUGCAGUCUGACAUCUGAGCAAAUAAGGAUCUAUUAUGUUGUUGGAGGCGCUGAAGCCCAUGAAUCCACAGGCAUCCUCUUUGUCAGCAGAAAGGAUGUGCUCACAAUGAAGCAGAACGACGAGCUGUGGCAUGAACUGUCCCCUUCCGCCAAAGGGGCCAUAACGCUCUACGAAGUGGUGAUGGGCGAACAUGAGUGAUACUCCUGCUGGUGAGAAAUGUCAGAGGAAAUUUACUCUGAUUCUCAGGGACGGUGGAGGGCACCUUACAAAGCAUAAAUGGCCGGAAGAUCACUAGUUGUGCUUUGGGAGAGCAGGAAUUCUUGGGCCAGUGGUACGGAACUUGUUUUUUUUCCAUUUAUGCGCCUCUUUUGAAAAUGAACUGGUCGAUUCCCACCUAAAAUCUUAGCUUUCCUGCUAUGUUAAUCUCUCAAUAAAGUUGUGUGUGCACUUUUUAAAAAUCUCA